AUAGGGAAGUAAUGUAAUCUCAUCCCGCUGAAUAAUGCAGCGGGCGGCUAAGCUAAAGUGGAUACGAUUAGCACAGCCUAAUAACGUUAAAAGUCACGAGUCUAUCCUUCCCGCGGUCAACAACGACGGCCCAUGGCGAAGACGGUGGUUCUCUACCCCGGCCUCACCGUCAGCCACUUCGUCCCCAUGGUGCACCUCGCCGGCACCCUCGUCGACCACGGCUACGCCGUCUCCGUCGCGCUCAUCGACCCCGCGGUCAACGGUGACCCCGCCUUCCGCGCCGUCGUCGCCCGCGCCGUCGCCUCCAUGCCGUCCGUGCGCUUCCACGCGCUCCCGCCCGCCGAGGACGCGCCCAUGCUCAGCCCCGACGCGCCGUUCGUGCCCAGGUACAUCGACAUCGUCGGCCGCCACAACGACCGCCUCCGCGAAUUUCUCUGCUCCUCCACCGCGCACGCCGUGGUCGUCGACUCGCUCUCCGUCGAGGCGCUCGGCGUCGCCAAGCGGCUCGGGAUCCCCGGUUACGUCAUGUUCACCUCCGGCGCGGCCGCGCUCGUCGCCUUCGUCCAGCUCCCCUCCGUCCUCGCGCAGGUGCGGGCGAGGUUCGAGGACCUAGGAGAUGCGCCUCUCGAGUUAUUUGGUCUUCCGCCCAUGCCUGCCUCCCACCUGCUCGGCGAAAUGCUCGAGGACCCGGAGAGCGACACGUACAAGGCGACGAUGACUUCCCUGGACGGGAUCCCCGAGGCCGACGGCAUCCUGGUGAACACGUUCGAGUCGCUGGAUGCUCGUCCAGUGGCCGCUCUCCGAGACCCUCGGUGCCUCCCGGACCGGAUCAUGCCUCCGGUGUACUGCGUCGGGCCAUUCGUCGGCGGCGUGGGUGAGGCAAAAGAGAGGCACGAGUGCCUCACGUGGCUAGACGGGCAGCCUGACCGCAGCGUCGUGUUCCUCUGCUUCGGCAGCUCGGGAUACCACUCGGCGGAGCAGCUAAAGGAGAUCGCCGUCGGCCUGGAGAAGUGCGGCCACCGGUUCCUGUGGGUCGUGCGGACACUCUUCACCGACGACCCCGACGCUCUCCUGCCGGACGGGUUCCUGGACCGCACCGGAGGCCGCGGCGUCGUCGUCAAGCAGUGGGCGCCGCAGGCAGAGGUGCUACGCCACAGGGCCACCGGCGCGUUCGUGACGCACUGCGGGUGGAACUCUGUGCUGGAGGGCGUGACGGCCGGCGUGCCGAUGCUGUGCUGGCCGCUGUACGCGGAGCAGAAGAUGAACAUGCUGCGCAUGGUGGGGGAGAUGGGGCUCGCCGCUGAGAUGGUCGGGUGGCAGCAGGGGCUGGUGGAGUCCGCCGAGGUGGAGGGCAAGGUGAGGCUGGUCAUGGACUCCGAAGAUGGCAGGGAGCUCCGGGCGGCGGCGGCCGCGCACAAGGACGGCGGUGUCGCGGCCUGGAGCGACGGCGGGUCGUCGCGCGCGGCGCUCGCCCGGUUCUUGUCGGACGUGGACCGCCGGUGGCAGGGCCGGACUCGCAGUGCGGAAGCUGCGUGAGCUUGGCCACGGCGCGUGAAGAAGUUGGCAGGCGUGGUCCGCGAUGUUUCCCACCACAAAAGUACUCCUACAUGCUGCACUUUAUCACUGUAUGUGAGCGACUGAUUGAACCAGGCAUGUUUGAUAGCGGCCAUUUCCGGAAUAAAAUAAAUGUUGUUUUUAUGGUUAAA